AUGCUGCUCUCUUUGGUUGUGCACACAUACUCGCUGCGGUACUGGUUUCCUGCUACGAUCAUGCUGGGGACAGCCCCGGCUUAUCUGCUGUCAUGGGGGGCUUGGCGCUUGCUGUCAACUAUCUUACCAUCGAGUUUGUACCACAAAAUAGACGACCGGUUGUACUGCAUCUACCAGAGUAUGGUCCUAUUCUUCUUUGAAAACUACACAGGAGUUGAGAUUGUUAUUUAUGGAGAUAUACCAAAGAACAAGGAGAAUGUGGUUUACCUGUCAAAUCAUCAAUGCACAGCUGACUGGAUCAUUGCUGACAUGCUUGCCAUCAGGCAGAGCGCUCUGGGUCAUGUCAGAUAUGUCCUUAAAGAUGGACUCAAGUGGCUGCCGCUAUAUGGAUGGUAUUUCUCUGAGCACGGGGGAAUAUAUGUGAAACGAAGCUCAAAGUUCAAUGAAAAGGCGAUGAGGAAGAAGCUCCUUGCUCAGACUCAGCGUGGAGCACCGAUGUACCUCGUCAUCUUCCCUGAAGGAACUCGGUAUAAUCCAGACCUCAAGAAUGUUAUCGCUGACAGUCAGGCUUUUGCUGCGAAAGAAGGGCUCGCUGUCCUGAAGCACACUCUAACACCCAGAAUGAAAGCAGCUCACGUAGCCAUCGAUACUAUGAAGGGCCACCUGGAUGCUGUGUAUGACGUCACAGUGGCCUACGAGGGAACGCUGGACAGCUCCGGGCAGAGGAGAUCUGCACCAGCGAUGCCAGAAUUCCUCUGCAAAGAAUGCCGCCGCAUCCACAUACACUUUGACCGUGUGGACAUAAAAGAAAUUCCCUCAGAGCCGGCGUUUUUCCGCAGAUGGCUGCACGAUCGCUUCGAAAUCAAGGACCGGCUGCUGACCGAUUUCUACGAGUCGCAGGAUUCAGACAAAUUAUGCAAGUUCCCCGGUGAGGGCAAACCUUCUCCGCUGAAUCUCUCGAAAACCCUGCCCUCCGUGGUCAUCCUUGGGGGACUGACACUGCCAAUGCUGCUGACAGAAAACGGCAGGAAGCUGUACGUGAGAACCUGGGUGUGCGGGACGCUGCUGGGCUGGCUGUGGGUGAACGCUUUUCCCUAACAAAUCGGGGCCAGUCUGCCACGAUGAGACGCACAAAAGACUCGAGACGGUGCCAUUUUUCCUGUAUCGCGACACAAUGUAUGCUCCAGAUGCAGAGCAGUAUGUGAUAAGAGGCUCAGAGAUAUUUUUGUUUGUUUUCCAGUUUGACUGUUUGACCGGAGACACUGAGAAAUGUUAGCCUUUUGUGCUACUUGCUCCCUCCCCAACCUGAAAUGACAAAACCUUUUGUUAAAGUAUUAUAUUCCUCAAAAGUUAUUGAAAUAGCUUCAUACCUCUAUUAAAAUAACCCCUCCUUCCUUUCAUCGGAUUUAGCCAAAUUAGUAUCCUUGCAUGCUGUUUUCUUCUUCUUUGGUCUUUGGCCAGUUUAGAGUUCUAAUUAUUUCUGAGAGCAAAGUGUGCCAAGCACUCUAAAACACAUGCAACGAUCACAGUUGGCUGCUGUACUAAGGAGCACAGCCUGCUGCUGAUUGAUCAUUUAAGUGCACUGAUUUAUUGGUUUUGGUUGUAAUGUCUGUCUUGUUUCAUGCCAAGUCUCAUAUCAGGAAGAAAUGCACUUUUUCCCCUCGUGUAAGGUGAUGCUUGUGUUUGUUUGGUUUUUUUUGGUUUUUACAUUGGUCGAACAACUUGCAGUCCUCUACACGGGCCCAUACGGGUGACACCAGCUACAUUGUUUAUCUUAAAUAUUCAUCUUUUGUUUCCUGACUGAAUGUAGCCGUAAGAACAAGUAUAUAUGUGCAUCUGUGAAAGACUACCCCUCCCCCUUUUUUCUCUUUUCAGCUCAGCCUUUUUUGUCAAGAAACACCGCUUGAGCUCGCAGUGGAGGACUGUCAGUGAACUUGUUCCACCAAUGUAAAUCAUUACUUUCACCUUUAAAAUCGUCAGUCAUUGCCAAAACCUGUUGCAUUUUGUUUUUCCACAUCGUCCCACUGAGAGCGUCUCUGCGUGUUUUAAGUUGAGCAAUACGUUGUCGAUGACGGCAAAGAGACUUUACGUGUGUUUGUUCCUCUGAGUUAUAAAAAAACAAACUGAUUUGAUGUCUUUCAUAAUUGUUUAUUCAUAACUUUUCUAUAUGCAUUUGUUAUUACCGUGUCAAGGUUCACGUCUGUCUACCUAACAAAAAGCUGACAAAGCCAUCUUAACAGUAUAUCGCAGGUUUCCUGUGCACUCAAAGCCAUUUGUAUUUUAAACAUCAUUGUAUCGUGAAAUGCACUGUGUGUCCGUUGUCGUUGUUUACCAUGAAAGCAUUGCAUUUUCCACACGUCACUUUACGUAUUUACGACCUCCUGUAGCCUGAUGUGUGUUUUGUUUCCUCGUGUGGAUGGUAUAGUAAUUUACAUCUUGCUCUAAUACCUCACUUGAAUAAUCCUUCCUUGUUUUUAAAUGACCUUUGUCAGCCAUUUUCUAGUCAUUUUUAUCCAGACGAGCUCUGACUAUAACUCAUCAGGAAACUCUGUGUAGACAGUGUAUUAAAUGCCAACUGUUUUUGGAAAUGCGUGCCUUCUCUUUGGAGGAGUCGGUCCUCGGCCGUCUCACAGAGCGCCACGGUGGCUCUUUUUUUUUCCGCCAGGUGACUGCACAGACGCUCUCUGCUGGAGCUGCUGCUCACUGCAGCAUGCGGCCACACUGUCUACAGUUCAUAGUGGCUUAUUUUGCUCUAAGAAUGCAUUGAUUUACACUUGAGGACUAUUAUUAAAUGGUGAAACCUUUAAUGCGUGCAAGUUAUGGAAAUUGGGUGAGAAUGAAAUAAAGUGGUUUUCCUGGG